AUGACUGCCACUGAAACUGCUCAGACCCAGCACGUCGAGGCUGACAGCCCGCAGCCCAACGCUCCUGCCGGCAACCAGGAGCAGUCCGGGAUCGACGUGGAGAAGACACACGAUGUUACACAUGCCGAAAGCAAGGAAGUCGCCUACGUACCGGAAGAUGACGCUCAGUACCAUGUCACCUUUAAGACAUGGAUCGUGAUUCUCGCCCUAUCCUAUGGUAUCUCCUUCUGGAUCGUCCCUUCGUUGAGCUCCGUGCAGGGCGUCGUUGCCGCCCAGCUCGGCGACGCCUCGGCCGCCUCGUGGUACAUCCCCGUCUACACCAUGUGCGUGACCAUCGCCUUCAUGAUCUGCGGCGCCAACUCGGACCUGUUCGGCCGGCGAUGGUUCAUCGUGGGCGGUAACGUCCUGCUCUUCAUCGGCUUCAUCGUCGGCGGCACGGCCAAGAGCAACACCGCCGUCAUCGUGGCAUGCGCCUUCAUCGGCUUCGGCGGUGGCAACGCCCAGCUCGCCGCCUUCGCCCUCCCCGAGCUGCUGCCGAACAAGUGGCGCCACUCGGCCAUCGUGCUCGCCGACAUCGGCGUCUACUUCGCCGUCGUCGUGGGUCCCGUGGCCGGCCGCUUUUCCAUCGAAAACGGCGACGCCUGGCGCUGGCUCUUCUACAGCCCCGCCAUCGCCGUCGUUUUCUCCUUCGCCGGCCUCUUCUUCUACUACUUCCCGCCCGCCCACCCGCGCGGCCUGCCUGCGCGCCAGGCCCUCCGCGAGCUCGACUACGUCGGCGCGCUCCUUUUCAUCGUCGCCACCACCCUCAUCCUCACGGGCAUCGUCUACACCACGACGCGGUCGUCCAGCGACCCCAUCGUCAUCGGCACCCUCGUGUCGGGCUUCGGCCUCAUGACCGCCUUUGGCCUCUGGGAGACCUUCAUGCCCCUUAAGCAGCCCCUGACGCCGACGCGCAUCUUCACCCGCGACCAUGGCCGCCGGUUGACGGCCCCCUUCGUGGCGGGCUUCGUCAUCACCAUGUUCUACUACUGCCUCAACGUCAUCUGGCCCACCAUGAUCAACGUCUUCUUCACCGACGAGACCACCGACUUCCGCUACAGCAUCGUGCUCACCCUGCCGCAGAACCUGGGCCUCACCUUCGGCGCCGUCCUGCUGACGCUCUUCGGCUCCAAGAUCGGCCACUGGCGCUGGACCCUGACGGGCAGCUGCGUCAUCAUGGUGGUCUUCGGCGCGCUCCUCGCCCUCGGCAACCCGGAGCGCAAGGGCCUCAUGAUCGCCAUGAUCUUCCUCUCCGAGGUCGGCUUCGGCUGGGCCCAGUACCUCAGCAUCGCCUUCAUCCAGUUCGGCACCGACCAGCACGAGCUGGGCAUCUCCGGCGGUUUGGCCGGUGUGGCGCGUUUUGCCGGCGGCUCGGUCGCCAUCUCGGUCUACCAGACCAUCCUGAUCAACGUCCAGGGCACGGAAGCCGCGCGCAUCGUGCCCGCUGCCGCCAUCGCUGCGGGUCUGCCCGAGUCGUCCGUCGGGGCCCUCAUGGCGGCGUUGCCCCUGGGUUCGGCUGCCCUGUCGCAGGUGCCCGGUAUCACGACCGACAUUAUGGUUGCGGCUGGCCAGGCGUUCAAGCAGAGCUAUGUCGUGGGUCUCAGGACGACGGCGCUUUCGUCGCUUUCUUUCGGCGUGAUUUGCAUUAUUGCCUGCAUUUGCUGCCAGGAAAUCGGCCCCCGGAUGAACGACAAGAUCGAGGUGUUCUUGGAAAACGACGAGAAUGCGGACAAGAACAAGCACCAUUAA